CAGUUUACAAAACGAGUUCAUUAGGUGCAGUUGCUAUUUUUAGGCCUUUCUUCAAGACAAAAAACGACUUUCUUAAGUGAUUUUUUUAAUACAAUUGUGUGUGAAAUUAAAUGAUAAAUUGGAUUAUUCUUAUGCCAUUAAGCACAGUGUACCACCUAAAGUGAUUGUUAACUGAGCAGGAGGAAGACAGUAAAGUGACAGGAAGUGUAAUGUUAAUUUGAUGAGGUUUAAAAAGAAUUCUGUGCUUAUUCGAAGAGAGGAUACCAACAGAAGAGAGUUUUGCAAAUGAAGUGAAGUGGAAUUGGAAAUAAAUAGUCACUAAUGUGAAUUUAAAAUGGUUUUUAAAAGAAUUUAGUUGAGCCAUCAUGCAUUAGCGUGCCUCUCUGUGUUAAUUUUUUUUUUCGAGUGUGUGUCUAAAUGGUGACCUAUGAACAUGGAGGAUUCGGAGGAAUUGCGGAAAAAACCAUCGAGUUUGCCAAUAAAUAUCAAAUCACCCGGUGGUAUUCCGUCUGCGUCGUCCUCCGACAGCGGAAGCAGCGACGAAGCCCAAGUGCCGGUGGGUCAGCUCCCAACUGUGGGGCGAAAGGAACCCGAGAGGACGUACAUUUUUCCGGGUGCAACGGGAACAAGUGGAGGUGGCGGAGGCGGUAGUAGUCUAGACAGUGGUUUGGGUAGUUGUUCGCGUGGUCAUGCAAGGUCAGUGAGUCACGGUGGUGGGGCAAUUGCAAGCUCAUACGGCUCAGUAAGUCGACCAUCUGCACUAAAGUCCGCUCUGCGGGGUCAUCAAAGGGCUCUCUCGCAAGGACAAAUCACCGACUCUUCGGCGAGUCAUGCAACACGAAUGGGACAUAGUCGUGUUGGUUCCAAGACAGACUUUAUCCUACCACCUGGACACAAAGAGCCUACCGAGGCGCGUGAUGUGGGAUCAACGAGUGCAGGUCGUGGGCACUCAAGACAGGCAUCACGGUCUGAAUCUAUCUACACCCUGAGGCGCACCGAAUUGCCACCAUGGUGGAAACGCUUUAUCUUCUGCCGCGACGACAAAGGAGAUGAUUGCGCCUUCAGAACAGUCGUGCCGAAUCACACCGUGCCACCAAAAAUGCCCAAACGUGAACACCCAAAUGGACGGAGUGUUGGCAACAAAAUUCGCACGACAAAAUACACCCUACUCUCGUUCCUGCCUAAAAAUCUCCUUGAGCAAUUUCAUCGUGUUGCCAAUUUGUAUUUCAUCUUUAUCGUAUUGCUCAAUUGGUUUCCCGCUAUAAAUGCUUUUGGGAAAGAAAUUGCCAUGAUUCCCGUACUCUUUGUACUCGGGGUUACAGCAAUAAAGGAUCUCUUUGAGGAUCGGCGCCGAAGAUCUUCAGACAAGCGGAUCAAUAAUACCACAUGCCGUGUCUAUCACGGGGAAACUGAGAGAUACAAGAGAGUCCUUUGGCAGGAUAUUCGAGUAGGAGAUUUAGUACAUAUCUCAAAUAAUGAGACUGUGCCAGCGGACAUUCUUCUCCUCCGUUCAAGUGAUCCACAUGGUGUCUGCUACAUUGAUACAUGUGAUCUGGAUGGGGAGACAAACCUCAAAAGGAGGGAAGUUGUACGUGGCUUUGAUGAAAAGCAACAUAACUUUUCAGCUAGUAAAUUUGUUAGUCGCGUGGAAGUGGAUGCACCAUCGACAAAAAUUUAUCGAUUCCACGGUGCCAUGAUUCAUCCCACUGGUGAACAAGUUCCUGUUUCUACGGAGAAUCUGUUAUUACGCGAAAGUCGCCUCAAGAACACGGAUUUUGCAGAAGGACUCGUAGUUUAUGCUGGUCAUGAAACAAAGGCUAUGCUAAACAAUAGUGGUCCUCGCUACAAACGCUCACAGUUGGAGCAGCAAAUGAACAUUGAUGUGAUUUGGUGUGUGAUUAUUCUAAUAAUUUUGUGUGUUAUUGGUGCUGUUGGCUGCAAAAUGUGGCUAAAAUCCUUUGAGGGCUUGCUAAUACCAUUCUUGCCCUUUGAAGUUGACCCAAGUUACGAAGGACUCCUAACAUUUUGGACCUUUGUGAUAAUACUGCAGAUAAUGAUUCCACUUUCACUUUAUGUAACAAUUGAAUUGUGUAAGAUUCUCCAAGUGUAUCAUAUCCACAAUAAUGUUGAUCUCUACGAUCCGCAUACGAAUAAACGAUCUGAGUGUCGAGCUAUGAAUAUUACGGAGGAAUUGGGUCAAGUGCAGUAUAUUUUUUCGGAUAAGACGGGAACUCUAACUGAGAAUAAGAUGAUUUUCCGAAGGUGUACAGUGAAUGGUAUUGACUACAAUCAUCCGCCGAGUGAGCUUGAGAAGCAGUACCUUAAGCCGGGCUCUCCUGUGCCACCGGUUAUUGCGAAUCCUACACUUUUUGAGGAUAUGACUGCAACACUCGGGGAUCGUGUAACGUACACCUCAAGUGCCCAACGGAUUCAGGAGUUUCUUUUGGUGCUUGCUAUUUGCAACACGGUGGUCGUGAGCGCUACACCACAUCGAGAUCUCAUGAAUGCAAGCGGUGUGAUUGAAGAUGAUCAGGGAACCGUGACAAUUGUGAGACCAAAUGAAAGCUUGCCGAACGAUCAGCGUGCACAGGCCAGUAAUCUCAGUGAUCGGUAUACAAGGCUCGCGGAAUCGCGAUCGAUCACACCUUCUCCACCGCCAAAUGCAACACUGAAGCAGCACGUGCCUUCACUCUCGCCCAUUCACAGCUCACCCGAAUCAUCACCAGUGUCCGAAAGUCCGUCUAAGGUACACCGUCAGAUACCCGUGAGUCCCACAAUACGGGCUAAGUCUAUUAUCACAACUAAAAUCAAUGCCAUAUCCUCGGUACUGAGGAACAAAAACUCUAGUCGCAGCAAUUUAGACAGUAGGUCACAAAUUUCACCAUUGAGGAAUCAAUUGCUUCAGCAGUCUCCAACGAAUGGAAGACCAAUCUUUGAGGCUGAAAGUCCAGAUGAAUUGGCACUAGUCAAUGCUGCAUAUACGUAUGAUAGUUGUUUGAUAAAUCGCAGCCCUAAUCAUGUAUUGGUUAAUAUCCCAAGUGUGGGUGUUACGGAAUUUGAGGUUUUGAAAAUACUACCAUUUGACUCGUCGCGCAAAUGUAUGUCGGUUAUCAUACGACGACAUGGUACACAGGAAAUUAUCUUGUACACCAAAGGGGCCGACAGUUCGGUAAUGUCAUGCCUCACACCAUGUUCCCCGGAUUCAGUUGAGGGGCAUCUGCGGGAGAAGACACAGCAGCAAUUGGAUCUCUAUGCCAAGCAGGGAUUACGCGUACUAGUCAUGGCGAAGAGAGUACUCACGCCAGCGGAAUACACAGACUGGGCCACGAGGCACAAGGAGUGCGAAAUGACAAUGGAGAAUCGUGAGAAGAGAGUACGCGAUUCAUUCAUGAUUAUUGAGAAGAAUCUUUCACUAUUGGGUGCCACGGGUAUUGAGGAUCGUCUACAGGAUGGAGUACCGGAGACACUGUCUGCCCUCCUGUUGGCAGGAAUUGUGAUUUGGGUAUUAACGGGUGAUAAACCAGAAACUGCCAUAAAUGUAGCCUAUUCGGCAAAGUUAUUCAAUCCACAAAUGCAACUCCUAAGACUGACUGCCCGUUCGCGUGAUGCUGCCGAGUCCUCCAUCAUGUUCUAUCUCAAUGAAAUUGAAAGAUCAAUAAGUGAUGGCCCAAGUGGGAGUCGAGCUAAAACACGAGCUCUCGUCGUAGAUGGGAAAACAUUGACUUUUAUCUUGGAUCUUCGAUCCAAUUUGACGAAACCAUUUUUAAGAUUAACCAAACACUGCGCAUCUGUGCUAUGCUGCCGAUCGACACCACUUCAAAAAGCUUUUCUCGUUAAAGUCGUCAAGGAGGAACUACAAAUGAGGACACUUGCCAUUGGAGAUGGGGCAAAUGAUGUUUCUAUGAUUCAGAUGGCUGAUGUUGGUGUGGGAAUAUCCGGUCAAGAGGGUAUGCAAGCCGUUAUGGCGUCAGAUUUUACAUUAUCGCGAUUUCGCCUACUGGAAAAUCUUCUCCUCGUACAUGGAUUGUGGUGUUAUGAUCGCUUAGCGAGAAUGAUUUUAUACUUUUUCUACAAAAAUGCGACAUUCGUCUUUCUCAUCUUCUGGUAUCAACUUUUCUGUGGCUUCUCUGGAGCUGUGAUGAUUGAUCAAAUGUACCUUAUGCUGUACAAUUUGGUCUUCACAUCACUACCACCACUUGCGAUUGGUGUUUAUGACAAAUUCGUUCCUGAAGAUUUACUCUUCACUCGUCCGCAACUCUACCGCUACGGACGAGUGGGAAAAGCCUACAAGCCACAUACAUUUUGGCUUGUGAUGCUGGAAUCUUUAUAUCAGAGUUUGGUAAUAUUUUUCAUUGCCGAAGCCACGUAUUGGGACACUGACAUUGGAAUAUGGCAAUUUGGGGCAACAAUUGCCACUUCAAGUCUCAUCACUAUGCUUCUCCACUGUGCCAUAGAAAUUAAAUCGUGGACAAUUCUACAUGUGCUAUCUAUAGCGAUUAGUUUGGGAGCAUUCUAUGUCUUUUCAUUAUUUUACAACUCUGUGUGUGUCUCUUGCCUCGGACUUCCCUCCAGCUAUUGGGUAAUCCAGACCAGCAUGAGUACAUCAUCCUACUGGUUAAUUUCACUUUUAACGGCUGUUUUAGCAGUGCUCCCAAACUACACAAUACGGACAUUUGUGGCAACUAUAUGGCCAGAUGGUGGAACAAAGGCGAUACUUCAGAAACGUCGCAAUGAACGAAGAGGUGAAGAUUUACUUGUUGCUUGGUCCAGAUCAACAUCUGCCUCGUCUAUUUACAGGUACAAAUUAGCGACAAACAACAUUCAAAAGAUAUCCUCUUUUUUACCACAAUAUAUAUCACUUAACUCCGUUGCAAAUUAUCAUGCAUUUUAUAUGUAGAAUGAACAUUUUUUUAAAAAGGAUUUUGGUUUUUUUAAAUGCUUUUUUUGCGAGUUCUUUUUUUUAUUUUUUUUAUAAUUUUUUAUUUACUGAAUUUUGUUGUUAAACGCUUUUUUCACCUCUAAAUUGACGAGUUGGGUAAGUACACGCUUGUUCUAACAAAUUCUGUUGUAAUUUACAUUUGAGAAAAUAUGUUUGACAGAGAAAUUAAACAAAUGAAUGAAAAUAUGUUUCACAUUUUAAUGUGAUUGUGGAGAACAUGAUAAAAUUACUUCCAUUUACUCCAAUAAUAAAUUGAAAUUUUCUCAAAGUGGGAUAUCUCCGAAUAUUUCGUGUUAUGAAAUAAAAACUCACAUAACAACUAUACCUAUUUGUUAUUUUCCGGUUUUUUAAUUGAAAUAUUUAAUUUGAGAACGUCUUUGCAAGGUUUUAUGUUUAUUUAAAAAUUUGCGGCUUAGUUCAACUUUAAUUUGUCUAUUAUUCAAGUUAAAUCGUAUAAAAGUUUUAAUUGCUGAGAAAUAUAUUAAAUCAUUUAUUACUUGAAUCUUUUUAUUACUUGACUAAAAAACCACGUUAUAAUGUCCCAAUAAUAAUGAAAAGAAUAUUUUUUAUUAAACUUAAAUGUUAAGUAAUUAGCUUUAUUCUCAUUUUUUUUUAAUUCUUAGUUAUUGUUAUAGAUUUUUGUUCACGAUAAAUGAAUUUGAAUAAAAGCUUCAUAGAAAGAACAUUAAUUAAAAAAAACAAAGAAUUUAGUAGGUAUAUCGAGCAGAUUUCUUUAUGACUAAACCGGAUAUAAGAAUUAAAAUUCUUUUUAAACCUUUUAAACAGACUAAGACGUUCUUUCUUAGAUUAAGUUAGGACCUCAUAAAGUUUAAUAACAAUUUUCCUUUAUUUAUAAACUUUUUAAGGCAGUGAUUAUUUAUCAAAUUUUAAUCAUUUAACUAGUAUUUUUCGCAGUUCUAAAAUUCUAGAAGAAAAAUUCUUCUGUAACUCUUACACUUUUUUUAUUUUUUGAAGUCAAACUUAAUUUUUCGUGUAAUUUUUAUUAUCAUUUAAAUUGUUUUGUUUUUCCUAUUUUUAUUAGUUCAGUAGAAUUCAUCUAAUAAUAUUUUAAUGGUAUUCUAAAAUGAAAUUCUUAUUUUAUUCACAGAACCUCUGAUUAUGGGAAUAAGCAUCAGAUUGUGAAGACAAUAAGCUGAGAAUCAUGGAUAAGAAAAAUGUCGUUUUUUCCACGAUGGCAUCAAAAUGACCGAAAAGUGAACCAAGUCCGUAUUCAACAGGCAGUGCCGUCGAUUAAGUACAUUGAUUUUACAAGGAUGACGAAUAAAAACAAACAUGUUCAAUACGUAGGAAGGCACUAAAAAAUGCAAGAAGAAUUGAAUAAUGUAUUUUAGAUUUUUAUUUGAAGAUGAAAAAAAAGUUAAAUGACAUUUUUUUUUAUACAUAAUGUACUUGCUAUGGCUGUGAUUUGAAGCAUAAUGAUUUAUCAAAUGUUAAAAGUUACACAUCAUGUUGCAUGUAAAAACAAAACGUAAAUAUUUAAAAAAAAAAACUCUGUAAAUUCAUCACAGAGAUGCAAGUAUAUAUUUGUACCCCUGAUAGAUGGGACCAUAGGUGUAUAUAUUUUUGAUAGGAAAAAAUGCGUUAAUGUAAAAAAAAAGAUACAGCGUGUUGAAAUGUAGAGCAUCUCUUUUUAAUUCCCUAAAGAUUUUAUUUUUUCAAUUACAAUGUUAAACCUUUUUUUAUUGUGUAUAUAAUGUAUAAGAGAAAAAAUAAAUUUUAGAAAAAUUGUGUAAAAAGAUGCGAUAAAAUAUAUUUAUUGUUGAAAUAGUAAAAAGAAAAA